GAGAGUGGUGGGGUCGAAAUUGAGCAAGGGCCAACAAAAAUUACGAAUGUCUUGUUGUGACUUCAUUUUGUUAUUCGUUUCGUUGCGUGUAAACCCGUUAAAAUAGAACCAAGUGAUUUAUAAUUGAGAAAACAACAUCAAUAUGAGGCGCCGUGGGGCGGAAGUCGCCUCAAUGAGAUGCAGUGUGCUAGUUGCCGGGAUUACCGUGGUUGCCGAGUCGCGGGUAUCGUUAGCGGCUGUCCUUUCCGCGAAUCGGGAAACUGAAGGCAGAGGGAGACUUGGUUCGUUCCUCCGAAGGAGCAGAAAAAAUGGAGGACCCGCUGCAACUACGAAGACUACCAAGCACCAAGCUACAACAAUGCCUACAACGGUGCAUAGGAAUCUUAACUUGGAAUCGUCAAAUCCGAGUCAAACAACGAAUGUUAGUAACCAGAUGAAGUCGUCGUCGAAUCCGACUCCGAGUGAGCAACAACAAAUUAGUUUCGCAGCAGGACGCACGAAAGGGAACGGGCCACCGUGUGCCUGCGAGAGUGCAAAUACAGCAUGGAAACCACCGACCGCGCGUGGCCCAAUGUGCUUUUUUCUUGAUGUCGGAGCGGGAAGCGGCGACUCGGAGCUCGCCUUCCUCGGCGAGUCAGGUGGAAGUGGCGAUUAUUAUUAUGAUUUUCAUUUUCAAGAUCGAGUACUGGAAGGAACAGAACUAUACUUCUAUACGACUUAGAGUUCUACUUUUAGAAUAUUUCCAUAAGAAUUUGAGAGGUGGGAAAAAUUUGAGAAUACUCACAUACAACUUCCCAUCUCCCUUCAACAGUAGCUUACUUACAACACUACCUGUCUUUUGCCCACCCUCCUUCAUAUUCUCGGUACGGAGUUGAAGUACGACACUGGGAAUUGGCCGAAAAAGGAAUGCCUCAGCUACCUCGUCGAACCAAACAAAGCAUUUGAAGGCAGCCUGAACGAAAUCGCAAAGAAGGUUCCAGGGAAAAUCUUUCCGAUGGUUCAACAAGCAGUCUACAUGUGCGACAAGGAACAGGAACUGUUCCAUCUGGACACGCAGGGCCCGCAUGCUAGAGGUAGAACCAUUUUCUGUAUUUGAUGCUCGCGAACCUACUUUCACUACCUUCUUUUGCCAGUAUUUUUUGUUGUAAACGGAAAGAAGCUGAUGUUUGAGACCCCAGAAACUAAGUACUUCAAUCAAUCAUUUGAUCGGUUUAAAGGUAGCGCGAUCGACAGCACGCAUGCUGACAUUUUUAAACAGAGUGAGAGCCAAAGGGUUCCAACGCCGGUGAAGCUGAUCAACCUUAUGCGUUGGCUGAAGGAAGGGGUCCUUCCCGAGGAUCACCUUGUGCUGAAACUCGACGUCGAGGGCGCCGAAUGGGACAUUUUGCCGUGCCUUGCGCAAAGCCCCGAAAUCUAUAAGCUCAUCGAUGUCCUGUAUUGAUUUUUAUCAAAGUAGUGAUACUAUUAAGUUGAAGAUGCGACUAAUUUUCCGUGAAAAUGUUAUUUUCUAGCAGAUUUUGAAAAUUCUGUGAUGUGCAAAAAGGAUGUAAGUCUAUACUCUGAUCUCUACACGGCAAUGAUAAACAAUACAUAAAUCGAAUUGUGUAUUUUUCAUGUUUCUGAAGAUUCCCUACGUUUCUCUAUACCACUUCCCCAUGCAACUGUUUCCGUUUACAGGUACCUGGAGGAUCACUGCCCUGGUGGACAAUAUUGCUGUUUUGACGGAAUUUACGCAGUGAAAAACGAGAGUUGUAACCCCGCACCUAUGGGUCAGUGCUGGUGUCCGAGCAAAGGUAUGGCGGGAAACACAUUUGCGCAGUUUCGUGGUGCCAUUGAGACUUUGAAAGCAGCAGGAGUCAAGUUUCCGGCUUAUUUUUCUGCCACAUGAUGAUCAUGAUUCUGUCGAUGUGGGUACUUUGACGAUUAUAUUUUGUUGAAAAUAUAAAUACAGUUUCUUAUUUUUUCCAGAGGGUGUUGAUGCGCAGUCUUUCCAUGAACUACAGACUCGACAGAUCAUGGACAGACUCAUUCUCGACAUGUCAGACUAGUUUUUUCGAGGAACAGAAGUCUGAACAGAAAGCAAAGGAAAUGCACAGUGCAACACCUUCUUUGCUUUCCACUCCUCCAGCGAAAACAACUUGCGAGUAUGCGCAGCUGUUCUUUGCUUUCCACUCUUUGCGGGCUGUUCUUUGCUUUCCAGUAUGCGCAGCUGUUCUUUGACUCCUCCAGCGCAGCACCUUCUUUGCUUUCCACUC